AUGAAACAGCAAGUGUCACGCCAGCCAUGCACACAACACCACCACAACCCUAAUAACCCCACACGCAGCGUCACGCCACCCAGCCACUUCCUCACACAACACCACCACAACCAUAAGAACCCCACACGCAGCGUCACGCCACCCAGCCACUCCCUCACACAACACCCCACAACCCUAACAACCCCACACGCAGCGUCACGCCACCCAGCCACUCCCUCACACACCACCACCAAAACCAUAAGAACCCCACACGCAGCGUCACGCCACCCAGCCACUCCUCACACAAUGCAACACCACCACAACCCUAACAACCCCACACGCAGCACGCCACCCAGCCACCCUCACACAAUGCAACACCACAACCCUAACAACCCCACACGCAGCUCUUAA